AUGAGGAAAGCAGAGGUGCAAAUGACCCUGAAAACGGGGGCAGAUGAGGCGGUGGUGCCCCGGAGCCCCAUCGUCCCCCCAAAACGCUCCAAAGCCAGCCCGGAGAAAGUGGUGGCAGAGCCCCGGGGCCCUGGCCACCCCGUCCCGACUCCACCUGCUUUUGUGCGCAAAAUGAGGAACGCAGCCGUGGGGACGGGCUGUGACAUCCGUCUAAAGGUGACAGUGGCGGGCGACCCCCAGCCCUCCCUGUACUGGUACCACAACGAAGACCUCCUCAACAUGGAGAACCAGGAGUACGGAGGCCUCUGGAUUAGGGAUUGCAAACCAAGCGAUGCCGGCCUCUACACCUGCAUCGCCAACAAUCACCUGGGAGAGAUUCGGAGCAGCGCUGUACUUGCUGUGUUGGAUCUGGGAGAAGAUUCUGAAACAACAGAGGAUGAAUGUGAAGACCGAUUUCAGACCAAAGGAGACAGUGGGGAGGUUGAGGACCAGGCUGUGCACACAGAUGCAGGGAUGAACAAAUGGUCAGAAGACGAUUAUAGAACACGUGGACAUGAAGAUCACUCAUACAGGGGCCAGUCAGAGGAUUUCUCAAGAGAAUCUCCGCCACAAUUCCUCCCACCCCCAUCCCCACGACUCGUCAAACGCCCCUCCACCUCUCCAAUGCCAAGUCGCACUGGCUCAACCACACCACUCAGCUUGCGAAACAAAAUCGUCGGGCCAACUGACUACCAAGACACGGUGCCUGGGGAGUUUGAGGAAAAGGUCAAGCAACCGAAGUCAGCGUCUCAGAGUAACACCCAGGACUCUCGUCCACAGACGCCACUGAGUGAGUACUCCCGCAAAGAGUUGAACCCCAGACCGUCCCCAAAGCUUACUAGGGCAAGCUCCAAGGUCUUUGAGAAGGUCCGUGGCUUAGAAGAGCGCAGGCGAAGCCUUGAUAUUCCAGAGGGAUCCAUCUCUGGUAGAUCCUGGGCGGGGUUCAAUCUUGCUGGGUCUGUUGAUUCCGAUGAUGGGGGAAGUCGGUUGGGCAUCUCCAGAGAAAGUUCGAGGGAAGAUCUUCGGGAGGCUCUGAAAGAGGAUGCGGCCGAGCGGAGAUCUAUGUUCAGACAGAGAGCUGCUUCGCUGGAGGACAAACCUCGCUAUUCCCAAAAGGUUCAGGACAUUGAGAACAAGUUCACAGAGGAGCUCCAGCGCAUUAAGAAACUCGUUGGGAAACCUCACAUGAAGAAAUCGUUUUCGACUGAACAGCUCACCCUGAAGAGCAAGCAGCGGCAGCCUUUCAGGAAGAUUGAACCUAUUCCUCCCCAGGUCCUUCAGAAGCUGCAAGAGAGGGAACGAGUCCAGUGGGAGAAGGAACAGAGAGAAAAGGAUUUAAAUCCACAACCAGUGCAGCAGCAGCAGACGAUGCAGCAAAAGCAGCAAAAAUCACAACCUCCGAAGACGGAGAACACCGGAACAACAACCGUAACCGUCAGUAGAUUCGGAGAGGUUGCAGGAACCCCAGAGUCGAUGCAGUUAUCAGACUUACCUGGACAACGAUUGGUGAGGGAACUAAAUAGAGUCAGUCCUGUUACAGAACAUUUUCAAAAAUCCUCAUCACCAGCAUUUUACCACCAACAGAGGGCAGAGUCCCCAAGCAGGAAUGUUGCCGAGAUGACUUUACGCAAGGUAGAACGAAGGCCACCGAGUCCGCUUGUACAAAGGGUAUCUCGCAUGCAGGAGUCCCCCCACUUCCAAGAGUCUCCUCUACAAAAGGAUGAAACUUCAGGGAGAAAGACACCAAUAGAAGCAGUGUCGAGAAAAAUCGAAAACAGACCUGAGAGUCCACUGGUACAAAGAAGAGCCAUGAUUGUGCAAGAUCUUCCUCCUCAACCGCCUCCAAAACCUCCGGCGGAGGAGAAGAUGGAGGUGGAGCUGUCCAGACCAACCUCUAAGAUUAUAGUCCCAACGAUUAUUGUUGAAGACGAAAAGAUGGAAGUGGACGUUCCUGUAAAGACAAGUGGGCUGCAGCAGAUUACCACCGGUGCCAAAGAGGGACACCAGCAGAAGACCAGAGGAAAGAACCGUCGCCCUCGACCCUUGUCUCCGGAGUUAGAUUCUUCCGAUGAUUCGUACGUAUCAGCCGGAGAAGACCCAAUGGAGGCCCCGGUGUUUGAGUUCCCCCUGCAGGACACCGCGGUGUCAGCUGGGGCAGAUGUGCUGCUAAAAUGCAUCAUAGGUGGAACCCCCACUCCUGAAGUGACCUGGACAAAAGACAACAUCGGUGUCAGUGGCGUUGCAAACUACACCGUCAAAGUGGAGGGGGAACGACACAGCAUGCUCAUCAAGUCAGCCAAAAUAAGUGACGGGGGGGAAUACUGUGUGACGGCCGUGAAUCAGGAGGGGAAGGUGACCAGCUGUGCCGUCCUGACAAUUAAAGCAGAGUCUGUGCAGGAGCCCAGAGGAAACCUGGGUGUCCCUGUGGACAUCAGCAGCCCCAUCACAUCGGACGAGGAGUAUCUCAGUCCCCUGGAGGAGGCCGUGGACUUCGGAGGGCCAGAGCCGAGGCGACCUGUUGACACACGGUUCAGGAAACCCCCGACAUUCCUGGUAACGAUGAGUGAUCAAGCUGUCAUUGAAGGACAGGAAGUCACCAUGUCUGUGCGGAUAAGUGGACAACCCAAACCCAUGCUCUACUGGCUGAGGGACAGAGUCACAGUAAAAUCCGGCCCACGUCACAUCGUGCGUGAGACAGAAGAUGCCACUUUUGAGAUGACGAUCAAGUCGGCACUGAGGUCGGACUCUGGCGUUUACACCUGUAAGAUCAUCAAUGAAUACGGGACAAAGCAGUGUGAAGGAAAGCUAGAGGUAAAAGCUCCCCCAGUUGAGCCGGGCCUUGCCGUCAUCCGCCCAGUCAGGGACAUCACAGCCAAGGCCGGGGAGACAGUUUUGUUCGAGUGUCUCGUCAUUGGACCAAAAGACACCGACGUGGACUGGCUCUCCGACGGGAAACUGAUCCAGCCGGCGUUGCUCAACUGCAAGAUGCACUUUGACGGGAGAAAGUGUCGACUGCUGCUCAACUCGGUGCACGAGGACGACAGCGGAACGUACACGUGCAAGCUCAGCACCGCCAAAGAGGAAGUGACCUCAUGUGCCAAACUCAAAGUCCUCCCAUCCUUUGAGCCUCUCUUCACUCGCAAACUGGACGUUCUGGAAGUGAUCGAGGGGCGUAACGCUCGAUUCGACUGCAAAGUCAGUGGGACGCCGUCUCCCAAAGUCACGUGGACUCACUUUGACCAUCCGCUCAUAGAAAGCGAGGAUGUACGUAUUCUCCAGGAGGGCGGUCGCCACUCUCUCAUCAUCUCUCACGUGGCCAACGACGAUGAGGGUUUCUACACCGUCAUCGCCUGUAACAUUCACGGCGACGCAGAGAGCUCCGCUGAACUUUACAUACAAGAGCCGCGGCCUGCCAUCUCGUCUCAAAUGGCAAAACUCGAGAAGAUGCCGUCCAUCCCCGAGGAGCCAGAGGUCCCGGAGAACGAGGUGGAGCGUUUCACCAUGCCUGACUUCAUGAAACCCCUGUAUGAUCUGGACGUGAUCGAGGGGAAGGAGGCCGUGCUCAAAUGCAAAGUGGCCGGUUUGCCGUACCCCACCAUCGUCUGGUUCCACAACGGCAAGAGGAUUGAGAGCACCGAGGACAGAAAGAUGACACAGUUUCGUGACGUCCACAGCCUGGUCAUCCGCUCUGUGUGCCACGCCCACGGUGGCGUCUACAAGAGCGUCAUCUCUAACAAAGUGGGCAAGGCCACCUGCUACGCUCAUCUCUAUGUUACAGAUAUCCUCCCUGACCCUCCGGAUGGGACUCCAGUGAUAGAAUCCAUCACUGGGAAAACCAUCACCUUAAGCUGGAAGAAACCAAGGAGGCUGGACCCAUCUAUUGAUCCCAGUGGCCUGAUGUACGCCAUCCAACAACAAGCGCUGGGCUCUAUCCAGUGGACCAUCAUAGCGUCUGGCCUGAAGGACACCACCUACACCAUCACCACCCUCUCCAAAGAAGUCCGCUACGCGUUCAGGAUCCUGACCAUCACCUCCAAGGCUUUCAGCAAACCCUCCGCCGCCACGGACCCCGUGCAGCUCCUGGACCGAGGUCCCUAUCUCCUGGAGGCUCCAGUGAUUAUUGAUAAGCCAGACAUUGUGUACGUGAUAGAAAACCAGUCAGUCACCAUCACAGUUACCCUCAAUCACGUCAAUGCCGCUGUCAUCUGGAAGAGAAGGGGAGUGGUCCUGGCCAGCAAGCCCGGCCUGUACGAGAUGACGAUGCCCGAUGACGACCAGCACACGCUCAAGCUGUUCAAGGUGAAAAGCACUGACGUGGGAGAGAUGGCUUUUGUGGCCUCCAACAAGUACGGCAGUGACAGCUGCACCUUCGACGUGGAGCUGGCAGCUCCACCAACUUUUGAAACGAUCAUGGAGGACCUGGAUGUUUGUGCUGGAGAGACCCCUCGCUUCGCUGUGGUUGUGGAGGGCAAACCAGUUCCUGACAUCCUCUGGUUAAAGAAUGACGUCCUGCUGUGCGAGAGCAGUCAUUACACGUUUGUGUACGAUGACAAUGAAUGUUCCCUGGUGGUUGUGAACGCUCGUACAGACGACUCCGGGGUGUACACGUGCACCGCCCGGAACUUGGCAGGAUCUGUGUCUUGCAAAGCUGAACUCACCAUUCAUGAAGCCAAAAGAAAAGAGGAUCCAGUGGACGAUGAGCAGACCAUUCUGAGGAAAAUGCGCAGGCUGACAGACUAUUAUGAAAUCCAUAAGGAAAUUAGAAGAGGGGCAUUUUCCUAUGUGAAACGUGUGACCCAGAAAGGGGGCAAAAUGGAGUAUGCAGCGAAGUUUAUCUCCACGAGAGCCAAAAAGAAGCCGUCGGCUCUGAGAGAGAUGAACCUGGUGUCCAAGCUGGACCACGAGAGAGUCCUUUACUUUCAUGACGCCUUCGAGAAGAAGAACGCAGUCAUCAUCAUCACCGAAAUAUGCCACGAGGAGCUGCUUGACAGGUUUACAAAGAAAUCUACUGUUAUGGAGUCGGAUGUACGGUCCUGUAUAAGACAGCUGCUUGAGGGGCUGGAUUACCUUCAUCAUCUAAACGUCAUACAUCUGGACAUAAAGCCUGAUAACAUCCUUAUGGCCGACCCUCACGGUGAUCAGAUCAGAAUCUGUGACUUUGGCAACGCUUUGGAAAUCACACCUGAUGAGGCCCAAUACUGCAAAUACGGCACGCCUGAAUUUGUUGCACCAGAAAUUGUCAAUCAGACCCCUGUGUCCAAAGCAACAGACAUCUGGCCUGUUGGAGUUAUCACAUAUCUGAGUCUGACAGGAGUUUCUCCAUUUGCUGGUGAGAACGACCGCAGCUCUGUGCUGAACAUCAGGAAUUAUAACGUUGCCUUCGAAGAGAACAUGUUUGCUGAGCUUUGCCGGGAGGCUAAAGGUUUCAUCAUCAAACUGCUAGUCGCCGACAGGCUGAGACCUGAUACUCAAGAAUGUCUGCGACACCCCUGGUUCAAGACACUGAAUAAGGGGAAGGCCAUAAGUACAGAGGCCCUGAAGAAGUUUGUAUCACGCAGAAAAUGGCAGCGUUCAUUAAUAAGCUAUAAAUCAAAAAUGGUUAUGAGGUCCAUACCCGAAUUACUGAAUGACUCCUCCAGCCAUAUCUCCAUCGCAGUCCCCAGGAACCUUAAAGAGGGUUCACCUUUGCCGUCAUCAUCCUCAGACUCUGAUGAAGACAUUGAUGAACUGCCAUUUAUUCCAAUGCCACUUACCAUGGAAUUCUCUGGAUCAAGGGUUUCACUGAAUGAGAUCCAGAGCAAUGAGCAGGAAACAGGGAAGCAGAAUGGAACAAGUAAAUGGUCUGGGUCCCCUGUUCAGGCACAGGAGGCAAUGGAGUCUGACACGAAAGAAAUGGAUAAAGAAGGAGUCGAAAUCACAGGUAAAAGCCGCCAGCGGAAGAGGUCAACACAAGAAAAUGACCGGGGUUCCUCGGAUGAGGAACCACCUGCUGAAUUGCCGCAAAAGUCCGAGCAGUCCAGAAAACCACUGCGAAGGGGUUCAAGUAUGGAGUCAGACAAACCAGAUGGUGGACGACGAAGAGGAGAGCUUAGACGUGGAGGCUCCGCUGACAGUGCAUUGCUGCUCCGGAUUCCAUCUGAGGAAGGAGCUGUAGAGGAAAACCCAGAUGAUGGCAGGAGAGUUCUGAAGAAAGCUGUCUCUAUGGAACUACCAAGGAGAAGCACCAGCCCAGGAACUGUGAAGAUGAGUCAAGAAGACUAUGCACUUAAACUUGAGCUAAUGAGGAAGCGACUCCUUCGUGGAGGGUCAGUGGACAAAAAAAUGAGUGGACUGAGAGGACCACUGCUGGAAACAUUGGGAAUGGCAGAUGAGAAUCGUGCAAUUUCCUCUGAUCGCUACUCUCGUACUGCUCGUUUAGGCCCACCACCCCUAAUCAGAGCUGCAUCCAGUGAUUCACCAAGGGAUGAACUUCCCAAACCCAAAGUUCUGCGCAAAAGCGCAUCUUUCAGUCAAGGUGAUUCAGAGCCUAUAGCUUUACACCGGCGGUCUGGAGCUCCUCUGGAGAUUCCCUUGGCUCAGGUAGAAGAAAGAAGGCUAAAGGAAGCUAUAUCAAUGUCAGCUUUGACUGAGCCAAUAAAGCUAGACUCCCGCCCAGUGACUCCCAGGGAACCUUCACCAAGACCACCAACUCCAGAGUCGGUUGUGCAGGAGAGUCCUUCCAAGACAGGAAGUGAGGACUCAUUAAUGGAGAAAGAGAUGAAGUCCUAUGAGACUAUAAGUGAAAAGAUGGAUGGGUCGACUACAGAUGGUAAUUUUGACGAGCGAUCGAGCACAAGUGGUUUCUCAGAGAAGGACAUGAGCAUAUCAGAGGAUCCAAUGGUUGAGUCAGAGUACAUGGACCCGAGGAUUCCUACACCUCCUCCUGUGGCCCAAAGCUCUAAACUAGAGGAGAGAAUGGAAAAAGAAGAGGAAGAAGUAGAAGUAGAAGUAGAAAAGGAGCAUGAAGAAAAAGAAGAGCCUAGGAAAGAUGAAGAGGAAAGAAUUGUCAGUGUGUCUGAAUCUAAAACUAAAGAAAAUGUAGAAGUUAGUGUAGAAAAUGUAGAAGAGGAAGUGAAUAUGCCUUCUAAACCUUCUGAUAUGAUCAUAACCAAAAGCUCAGUUAUGGUGAGACCAACAGUAAAAUAUCCCCAUUCCUCAGCAAAUGUCAUGCCAACUCAUGUAACACCCUCACCUCCUGCUCGAGUUGUUCUUCCAGAUGGAAGGACUUCAGCAUAUGCCAGUAUUAUGCAGACAAUAAUGGUCCCUUCAGUUCAGCCUCUUAAUGACCCAACAUUAGGCCCCUCUACACCAGUUGUGGUUCCAGCCCCUUCAUCAGCCGUAGUAUCAACUGAAACAUUUUCACCCACAUCUUCACCUGCUAGCAUUCCCUCUGCUUUACCAGGUUUGACAAAGUCAGCCAAGGUGUCAACCACUGAGCACGCUGCUGUAUACUCCAGGGUAGCGUCACCAGAAACUAUCUCAAAAGAACCCAGUCCACCAAGGACUGCCACACAUUCCUCAUCCCAACAAGAGCUUUCAAGAGGAGUGGACUUUGAGGACAUUAGCUCUGAAGAAGUAUUUGAGGCGCGCUUCAAAAAGCGUGAGUCCUCUCUCUCAAGAAGUCUAAAGUUUUUGACGCGGUCUAAGAACGAUGACAAACCCCAAGCAAUUUCCUCUGACUCCACAGAGGCAGGGGAGGAGAUCUACAGACCUGGGCCGAUUGGUGCACCAUUGGAAUUAGCAUCAAGGAGACUUGAAGAGAAGUCAAAGUCAGUCCAAGACCUUCGUGAAGCUCAGAAGGACCAAGGCUUUAUGAGGAGACUCUCUUUGCGCCUGAAGCGAACUCCAUCAGCUGAGCGCAAGGAAGAAGUGACCAAAGAAGAUGAGUCAACUUCUUCAAGAAGAAGGCUUUCUUGGACUCUCGGUCGACGAGGAUCUCAGGAAAAGAAAGAAGUGGAGAUGACGAGCAUGGAUGGUAGUGCUGACGCGGCGGUGGCACAAGAUGAUAAGGAGGUUAAGAAACCUAAUGAAUCACCAGUCUUGGCAAUGCGAAGGAAGAUUGAAUCAACGGUGGCUGGGAUCUCUACUAGAAUCCGUAGCUACUCAGAGGAAAGGAGAUCAUCAGAGGAGAAGGAACAAAAGAGGACACCCAUUCUGUCCAUGCUUCGUCGUUCAACAUCUGAGAACCGGGGCAUGAAGGUUCCUAGUAUUCCUCAGAACCAGCUUGUGUCUCAGGCCAGUAAUGGCACCUCAACAGAGUCGCUCGACUCCAUGUCCAGCUUAAAGCCAGAUGCAUCAAAAGGUGUGGAGGUUGAGCGCAGAUCCCGCUGGGAUAGAUGGGGCCUGACCAGAGGGAGGCGAGACAAGACAGUAUCACAGCCUGACAUACCAACAGCAAUCUCCAGAGAAAAUAGUUCCUUGCGUUCACGCCAGUACUCAAAACUGGCUUCUGAUUUCCCUCCAGUAUUCCACAUCAAGCUGAGAGAUCAUGUCCUGCUUGAGGGGGAUCCAGUCACACUCAGCUGUCUGCCAGCAGGCAGCCCCCACCCACACAUCACCUGGAUGAAAGAUAAGAAGCCUCUGGAGAUUGAUGCCAGGAUGAACAUGAUCGCCUGCCCUGAUGGUCGGCAGCUCCUGAUGAUCAUGCAAACAACAAAAAAGGAUGCAGGGGUUUAUGAGUGUGUGGCUACAAAUCCCCUCGCCUCUAUGACCAGCUCCUGCACGAUAUCCCUUGCUCGCCUGCCUAAUCGUCCUGGGACCCCUGAGAUUCCUCAAAAGUACAACAACACAGCCUUAGUACUGUGGAGGCCCUCGGACACCAUGGCCCCCUGCACAUACUCUCUGGAGAGGAAGGCAGAGGGUGAAACCAGCUGGCUGAUCGUGGCAACAGGGGUGGCCGACUGUUACUACAAUGUGGUGGACCUGCCGGCCGGGUGCUCCUACAGGUUCAGGGUGGCAUGCGUCAACAAAGCUGGACAGGGCCCCUACAGCAACCUCUCAGAAGAAGUGGGCCUGGUUGCUUCAGAACCAGCCAAAUCCAGUGCUGCUGUGAUGGUCAAGACUGUCCCUGCAACUACUCCUCCUCCCCCUGUGGUCAUGAUGUCAUCAAUGAAAGUGUCUCCCAUUAAACCAGCUCCUAGUAGAUCCCCUACACUUGCCGUACCCGUCUCUACCACAACAGCCCCCACAACAUCUGUGGCUAAAUCUGCUUCUCCAAUAACCAUCCGACCUCCUAUUCAGGUUGAUACUAGCCGUCCUGCUGUCAAUCCCUCCAUUAGUGUAGCCCCCCCUGAGCAAGCUGUGGUUCAGACCACCACAAGUGUUCAAGCCACGCCAGCAAAAGCUAAGACCACCCUUAGCAUCAAUGUGGGCAAACCCAAAAGCAAGUUGAUGACUCCGCCUGUUGUUCCACCCAAACCCAAGAGUCCUGUAAACGCAGCCCCUGGAAAAAACAAUAAAUCCCCAACUCCUGUACCAGCCCCUGCACCUGUCAUCGGGAAACCCAUUUCAUCUGUGCCAAUGUACGUGCCAGCUGCAACUGCACGUGCUACCCCACCUUCUCAAUCCAGUUCAACCAUGACAACCAUCCCUCCAGUGACUGUUACACGUGUGACUGUUACUCCUGUGACUGUCACUCCUGUGACUGUCACUCCUGUGACCGUCACUCCUGUGACUGUCUCACCAACCGUGGUGGUGGUGCAGAGCUUGACGCCUGUGGUGCAGGGAGGGGACGGCUGGAGUACCCCGUCUGGGCGGAAUACUCCAACGGGACGGGUUACACCCUCGGGACGCAGGACACCAUUGGGAUCUCUGCGACAGGGAGUUCCACAGAAACCAUACACCUUCAUGGAUGAGAAAGCAAGGGGUCGUUUUGGUGUGAUCCGCGAGUGCCGGGAGAACGCCACCGGCAAUCUCUUCAUGGCCAAGAUCGUUCCAUACGAGGCAGACAACAAGCAGACAGUGCUGCAGGAAUACGACAUCCUCAAGUCCCUUCAUCACGAGAGGAUAAUGGCUCUGCAUGAAGCUUACGUCACACCGCGCUACCUGGUGCUUAUCUCCGAGUACUGCAGUGGAAAGGAGCUGCUUCACAGCGUCAUAGACAGGUUCCGUUACUCUGAGGACGACGUGGUGACCUACGUCGUGCAGAUCCUCCAGGGUCUGGACUACCUCCACACCCGACGCAUCCUCCACCUCGACAUCAAGCCAGAGAACAUCAUCGUCACCUACAUGAACGUCAUCAAGAUCAUAGACUUUGGCAGCGCUCAGAUGUACAACCCUCUCUUCCUCAAGCAGUUCAGCCCUCCUAUUGGAACACUGGAGUACAUGUCUCCUGAGAUGUUGAAAGGGGAUGUGGUGGGUCCUCCAGCUGACAUCUGGAGCGUAGGCGUACUGACUUUCCUCAUGUUGAGUGGCAGGUCUCCUUUCAUGGAAAACGAUCCUCAGGAGACUGAAGCCAGGAUCCAGGUGGCAAAGUUCGACCUCUCCAAACUCUACCAGAAUGUGUCCCAAAGUGCCUCUCUGUUUCUCAAGAAGAUCCUCUGUAGCUACCCUUGGGCCCGUCCAUCUAUUAAGGACUGCUACAAUAACUCCUGGCUCCAGGAUGCCUACCUGAUGCGCCUGCGAAGGCAGACUCUCACCUUUACAACAACCCGUCUCAAGGAAUUCUUGGCCGACCAGCAGCGCAGGCGAGAGGAGGGGGCCACCACGCACAAAGUUCUCCUGCGGUCCUACAAGAGCUCGACACUAACCCCUACCAGCCCCACCGCGCCAAACGUGCCAGCCUCACCCACUACACCCGGUGCCCAGUGAGAACAGGCUUCAAAACACCAGUGGUUUGGACUGUACAAAGGGGGGAUCCUCAGAGUGAGACUUGACCUUGAGGCACGAGGCGCAAUGGCCCCUUCAGGUCUUAGAGGUUGAACUUGUUUCAGAAAUAGAAAACUCUUGGAAACAGCAGUGAUCUACAGAAACACUCGACUCUUUUUCUUCUUCAAGAGAAAUCUUUCCAAGAGAAUCUCACAGAAUGAUUUCAUGUCAAAAGAACUCUUACAACCUGACUGCAUUUUUUUGUAUAGUGUGGACCUUGUUCAGACAAGGCAGGAUGGUGUCUUCAAGUUAGUACCUCAAGGUUUGUAACUUUGCAAAUAUUUUGGAUAUUCUUUGUCUUUUCUCAUGGUAAACUCCACACUGAUUACAGGGGACACAUGAACGCAUUUGCUAACCCAUCGUUAAAGGCUGAAAAUUGCUGUUAUGGAGUUUGUCAUGUUAAUGGUUUAAUGGACGUACAAGUCAAUCACAUGGUACACAAAAAAAAAUACUUAGCACAACUCCAAAACAAGGUCUACUGAAACAAUGAUGCCUUUUUCCAGCGUAAUACAUCAACGCUCUUAUGACCAUAGUCUCAUAUUCAGAAGCCACAUGUUCCAUCAAUGAUGUCUAAUUCUCUGUCCUUGAUUAAAAACAACCUAGGAUGCUAAAUAUCUUCCUCCAUUAGCAGAGGCUGGAUCCACACAACUACGUUUUCAUUUGAGAGCACAUCAUCUCCUCACUGGUUAUGCCUGGUGUCCACACGACUUUACAGUCCACAAACUUUAGGGCUGAAUUGUUUCUGGACAUAGAUGCUGAUUCUUCAGGCGCUGAUCACGUGACCCCCUUCUGGAAGAGAAAAAACAGGCAUUAGCCUCGGCUUCCAGUGUAGAACGCAACAUGGGUAUUAAAUUGCAAGCGUUGCUGAUCGAGCUGUCACUGCUAACAGCUGUUGUGCAGUUAAAAUCUGCAUUUUUUACAACAAUAGAACUGCUUACAUGCAUAGAUGAGGUUUUAUUCAAGCAAUCUGCGACUAUUCUGCAACAAACAUGCAAAUGCUUCCGGUUUACACCUGCAUGUGCAUGCCCAAUGUACCUGAGUGGUCACUUGUUAUAUGUUUUAAGGCGCAUUAGUAUGGACGGGGAUUAAAACUAAUACGGAGCCAAAUCGUUUGUGUGGACAGAGAUCGCUUUAGUUUGAAAAUGCCGUCUUCAAACAAAACAUAGUAGUACGGAUGUAGCCUUAAUGUAUUACAUUGAUAUUCGCAGUGUGAUCUGUGCUACCUGAGUUUUUAUACUGCCACAACACCUCAGAUGAUGGUCAGGACUGUAGCAGCUCCAGAGAGAACUCAAUCUGUUUAGACUUUAUAAAACGUAUAUAUUCAGUUGUGAAGAUGCACUGGUGGGUUUACUACAAGGGCUAUUUACAAAAGGACUCUUUUUACUCAGCACAAAUUUCUUCCCCAAUGUGACAUUAAGUGACUCCGUGCAGCGCCGUCGCUGUGUUGGCGCCGAGCAGACUCCAAUUCCUUCAGCACAAAUAAGCUAACAACCACCGCAUUGGCUUCCAAUUCAACAUCCCUCUUCCUCUCAGCCCAGUGUCGAGGAUACAGCUUGAUCAUCCACUCAGAUCGAUAUCCACGGGUUUUAAAUGAGGUUUACAAGUUUGAUGAGUCACUUUUUACUUUGACUGUACAGAGAGAACUUUGCCUGAGGUGCUCAUUAAAUGUUAGAUUGUUUGGGGGGUUUAGUGGAAAGGUGAUUAACUUUUGAACCCACUGGUGAUAUAAGGGUGUGUCUAAGUGCCCUUAAAGAGUGAGUCAGCAUAAAAAUACCUUUUACAUUUCAUUGACAGAGAACGUUGAUGAAAAUAUUGCUGCUCUUGUUCUACAUCUAUUUUUCAAAUGCUGAGAGCUGAGCUACUGCUUUUUUCAAAUUAGUUUUUAAAUGGCACAACCUUUAAGAUAUACAGUACAGAAGGGAUUUAAAUUGGUUAUAAUUAGCAAAAAACGUUAGACAAAUUAUUUAUAUAUUGUUUAUUAGAGUAGCAUACACCUUUAUAGCUUCCUGUUCAUAGAUGUUUACAUGGCACUGUAAACAGUGAUAAAACCAAACCAGUAUCUAGGAAACAUUACUGCCCAUACAGAGCAUUCAAUCAGAAAGACAAUCCAUACACCUCAAGGAAAAGUUUAAUUUAACAAACUAUCUAUAAAAUGUAUUGAGGUUACCUAUCUACCUCUUCAUAAAUAAGUCAAAUAACGUCAUCAUCAAGUGUGUAAAUAAACAGGUUACUGCCUUGUUAACUGGUCAACCAUUAGAAAAGAUACUGUUAAACACAUUACACGGCCCUUUACAGGGAUAAUACUGAAAACUGAAAGUUGACAUGUAUUGACACUUGUCCCUUCGGUAGAUUGAAUAUGACUCAGUUGCCUACUGCUGUUUAAACAUUUUACAUUGUACGUAUUAACAAGUGAUUCUAAAUGUUGUGCUUUUUAAUCUGUUUCCAAAUGUCACAUCUGAGAAAAUAUCUACAGUCAUAUCCCCCUUUUUUCCUGAGGACGGCUCAUUCUGAAGACUAUAGUUCCUGAAGUCUAUCCUUAAGAAUGACACCUAAGAAUUAGAUUUGAUUUAUCCUCAUUGUUUUAUGGUAGAUAAAAUGGCAAAGUUGUGUAACUUCUGAUGUAUUGCUUUGCCGUGUGGGGGCAACAUGUCAGACAUUAGCACACAUGUCACGUGUCCUGGUAUCACCCACGGAUUUGCACGCUUCCCACAGAAUGUGUCAUUUGACAGUAGAUUAAGUUUUAAAGAAAUGAGAUGCAGACCCCGACGCUGAGUCUUUUUGGGUGUAAAACUGUGUCUUGUAUGAAACUAUGAGUUAUUUUGUUCUGUGUAUUGAUUGAAGGAUGUUGCUGGUACCUCUAUGAAAUUAUUUUAUUAGCUCUAUAUAUUCUUAUGCUAUCGCUAGAUAAACACUAACUUUUUUCUGCUGUCUCUUUGGCUUUGUCGUUUUUCCAAUGCAGAGUAAAGUUAGUCAAACAAAUGAAGGUGUUUUGAAGCUGAAUGAAAACAUGCAAGAUCAGCAUGAUGGUGCAACAUUGCAUCAAAUCCAGAAUU